AUCAGCGGCCCACGCGAAUUUUCUUCCACCUUCGCGCGCGUUUUCGAAGUUUACAUCGUGCGGUUUGUUUAGAAGCGCGCGUUCGGCGUUUGACCCAUUUUAACUUUAACUAUUAUAGAAGCAGCGUUAUAAUGUUACUUCGCAGUGCGUUCACAACCAGCCAGGUAGAUAGGUAGUUCACUCCGUAUAACAGUAUUACCGGCGCGCUGUUAAAAAUGCUUUUCAACGGCCGAAAUACGAUAGUGAUGGUGUAAUAAUGGCGAAAUACAAGUCGAAGAACAGCGGUUGUUGCAGCGUUACUUUCAACAAGUGGUUUUUAAUUAUAUACAACUUAAUUUUAUUGAUUUUAGGAGGUUUGACUGUUGGCGUUGCAAUAUGGACAUUAUAUGAUCGUCAUCAAUACGUCGCACUUCUAACAUCGAUAACAUACCCGACCAUAGUGUAUUUAUUACUAGUAGCCGGAAUAUUACUAAUUAUAGUUAGUAUACUCGGCUUUUUUGCCGCUGCCAAAGAGAAUCGCAUCAGUCUAAUCAUAUACAUCAUCCUACUAUUAUUAAUCCUAGCAACAGAAGCAACUGUUGGUAUUCUCUCAUUCAUAUACUGGGAACAAGUACAUCUUGUGUUGGAAAUGAAUCUUAAUGAUAAUUUUAUGACUCGAUAUGGUAUAGACACGUCAAUUACAGAAUCUGUAGAUGAUUUACAAAAAGAAUUUAAAUGUUGUGGAGUUAUGAAAUUUGAAGAGUGGAACUCAACAAGUCUCUGGGUACAAGAUGGUAUGGCAAACCACAAUCUAGUCCCCGAUUCAUGUUGCAUCUCAGUUACACCUGAAUGUGGUCAGCGAACACAUCCUUCGAAUAUUUACUAUGUUGGAUGCAUGGAGAAGAUGGAGGCGCACAUAAAAGAUCACCUCUAUUAUUUGUGCGCAGUUGCUUUGGGUAUUUGUGCAAUACCAAUAUUUGGCGUCGUUUGUGCGUUUAUUCUCUAUUAUAAACUGCGGCGGGUGUUCGAGAUCACUAAACCGCGACCAAAGAACACAGAAAUGCAAGCAUUAUUUUCUUGAUAUAGUUGGAUAUAUUUUUAACAGUUAACAGUUUCAUAGUAUAUGUUUUAAUAUUUAUAAUAAAUGUCUAUGCUUAA